UACCGUGUAUCUGACUGAUAAUCAGGAGGUUGCUGAAUUGAUUGCGUAAGAAAAGCUUUCCUCUCUGAGUAGGUUUAUAAUCUCAGUUCCUCAUUUGUAGCUCAUAUGAGACCGAGUUACAACACCAUCCUUUCUAAAUACAGCCAGGACGGAGCACAGAGCUCCAACUGACCUGUCCAUCUGAGUUCUAUGGCUGCGAAUCCAGAGAUGAACAUUCAACAUGAUCCUCCUCAUUAUCAGAAUGUACACACGGUGAAGGACAUGCAUGCCGGAGCUGUGCAGAACAGACCAGGAGCGAUUAGGAUUGCUGGAGUGUGUGUCGGUCUGAUGUUUAUUCUUCAGGGAAGUCUGAACAUCAUCCUGAGGCUGUACUAUACGUCUCAGGUGAAUUCAGAUCCUGUCUAUUCAAGCUGCGACACCCAGCCGACGUAUGGAAGCCAGUUACAGUCCAGUUACGACAAACUGGUGAACCAGAGAGAUCAGAUACAGAGGCAGAGGGAUGAACUGCAACAGCAAUUAACCAACCUCACUAAAGAGAUCAAUAAGCCAGGAUGGAGAUAUUUUAAAUCCAGCAUUUACUACGUCUCUACUCGGAAGAUGACCUGGUCCGAGAGCAGAAAGUACUGCCAAGAAAAAGAAGCAGAUCUGGUCAUCAUAAACAGCCUUGAUGAGCAGGAUUUGAUUGAGAUGUUGAGAAGAGGUCAGACUGCUUGGAUCGGGCUUAGUGACUUGGCAACACAAAAUCGCUGGAAAUGGGUGGACGGUACAACGCUAACCACCAGCUUUUGGUGGACUCAGGAACCCAACAACUAUCAAGGUUCAGAGGACUGUGUUACGACCGGCUACAAACCAACAGACGACAGACCAGUGAAGGGUGUCCUCAACACAUGGAAUGAUGAAUCAUGCAUUGUUACUUAUGUGUGUAUAUGUGAGAGGAGAAUUUCCACUAAAUAAACUAUGGAUUUAAGCUUUUUUUCUAAA